AUGACCACUUCCAUACGACAAGAGGGGCCCAGUGUCGGUGAUGUCGAUCAUAAUAUGAUGGGAAUCGAGUCGAAGGAACUUUACGAAUUCUUACACAAAGUAGUUGAGGAUCAAGAUUUAGAAAUCUUCGAGAAAAGCGAUGCGCGCCUAGUUAUGAAAGACCUAAUACCACAUAUGACUAUUGCGAUACCGGAACGAAUUUUCUCGAUGCCACAGGAGACUUCAGUUGAAUUGCAAAAACGACUGUCAAAAUUAGCGGCACAUUUGGAUUCAAAUUUCUCUGCAAAUGGACAGUAUCCAUUCACCAUGAGGCGUAUAUGCGAAUUAUGUUAUGAUCCCUUAAAAUACUACAAAGUUAAUGAAUUAUCAAAAUUUGUGAAUGCAAUGAAUUCGUGCUGCAUGGUUUCAACAGCCUGGGGAACAUACACUAAAAAAGAGGAAAAAGAUGCUAGUCGUGGUGAAAAUAACAGUUUAAAUGGAUUGGAUCAAGAAGAUGUUUCCUUAACUAGAAUACCAUGGGUGGAUGAAAAGGCUGAUACUUCGUUAGCUCCACUAAUUGCACAAAUUGAUAGUCUUAUGAGUGUAAAUUUUGCAUUUGAUGAAGAUGAAGAAGUUGUUGAUGAUGACGUAGAUUUUGGACCUGGAAGUCAUCGAGAUGAUCAUUUUGAUAUGGAAGCAUAUGGUGGUAGCAUAUUAGAUUGUGACGAAGAAGAUGACGAAGAAGAUGAAGAUUAUGUGGAGGGUUUAAAAUUUGAUGGAGAAGAUAGAGAAGAAGAAGAUGAUGAAGAAGAAGAGGAUGACGAGGAAGAAGAUGAAGCAGAGGAAGAAGAUGAAGAAGAAGAAGAAGAGAAAGAAGAGGAGACAGGAAAACAUGAGGAUGGACAAGAGAUGGUACAGGAGGAAGCAGAAGUACGACAUCAAGAGGCAUACCCGACAAACAGACGAUCGCCAGCAAAGCGUAAGACCACAGAGCUGGAUAACUACGAAUACGGAGAAGAGGGGUCAUUACACGGCUACACAACACCUAAAAAAUUUCGACAAAAUAUUAAUAAUAGUAACAAUAUUAGUGAUGAUCAUCAAGGUAUCCACGAAUCCCCACAAAUCUCAAGAAUACCACAAAAUGAUGGCACACCAAAUUUUUCUCAAGAAGUAGUAUCGCCGGCGGAUAAUGCUGAUGGUAUUGAAACUAAUGGAUCUCACGAGGAUAAGAACCGAAGUUUAAUAGACUCUAAUUAUGAUAAUGAUAUAAGCAGUCCACUGAGCAACAGGACAAGACUAUCUUAG